UGCUGCCAGCGCGCACACUUUCACGCGCCCAGCCCUCCUCUGCUCCGAGCCUCUUCGCCUCGCGCUGCAGCUAGUAGACUCAUCCCUCUUAGCAACACCUCUCAGUCGGGACUAUCAUCCAGAGACGGCGGGCGGCAGCUCUGUAAACACACCGGGAACUUGUCAGCUGCUCCGGGUCAACAAAACAGGGACGAUAAAAACAAACAAACAAAAGUAGUGUUCUGUGAAAGGAAGCACGUCGGCUGCUGUUGCUUCUAUCACUGGAGCAGGAAGGUGGUUUCUAGGAGCACUUUGCUGGCCAGCUAACUACACCGACACCUUACGGGCCAGGCAGGAGAGAGCAGAAACAAACAGCCGAAAAGGGAACCAAGUAGGGCAGUUCUUUGCUGGGUGAAGAGAUGGCAUCUACCGACUCGCGGCUCCAUCAGCCUCCCUCGCAGAAAGACGCGGCCGACCAAAACUUCGACUACAUGUUCAAGCUGCUGAUCAUCGGCAACAGCAGCGUCGGUAAGACCUCUUUCCUGUUCCGCUACGCCGACGAUUCCUUCACCCCCGCCUUCGUCAGCACCGUGGGCAUCGACUUCAAGGUCAAAACCGUCUUCCGCAACAACAAGCGGAUCAAGUUGCAGAUUUGGGACACAGCAGGACAGGAGCGCUACCGUACCAUCACCACAGCGUACUACAGAGGAGCCAUGGGCUUCCUGCUCAUGUAUGACGUCUCUAACCAGGAUUCCUUCGGUGCGGUGCAGGACUGGGCGACACAGAUCAAGACCUACUCAUGGGACAACACUCAGGUCAUCCUGGUCGGUAACAAGUGUGACCUUGAGGAUGAAAGGGUCAUAGCCACAGAGGACGGCCAGCGGCUGGCUGAGGAGCUCGGCUUCCGUUUCUUUGAGGCCAGUGCCAAGGACAACAUCAACGUCAAGCAGGUGUUUGAGUGUCUAGUCGACGUCAUCUGUGAGAAGAUGAACGAGACCAUGGAGGAAGAGAGCAACCUCACAGCCAAUCACAUGAAACCCCAGGGCUUUAAAGACUCUUCAGACAGCAACGGUGCCUGCGCCUGCUAAGCAACGGGCCUUUUUAGAAUGUCUCCAAACACACACGCACACAUGCACACACACACACACACACACACACACACACACACACACGCACGCACACACACACGUACACUAAUAUGAAGAACAACUUCCACUCUGUGCCUGGACUGUGGAAAAGGCUACAGAGGCAGUUAGCUAAGUGGCUAAGUGGCUACCUGAGACGAUCUUGGUUUGGCCUCUCCAACAGGGCUGUUGUUUCCCGUCAAAUGAAGCGUUUCUUUCUAUCUCUGUUCUUUUUCUUAUAACUUAUAACUGUGUUCUAAAGCCUCUCCAAGUUUAAACGUCCUGGGCCAAUAAGCAUUUAAUAUUUCCAGUGCCUGCUUUGUGGAUUUGGUUUUCUAACCAUCAGGAAACCACCACACACCAAUGUAAUGAUUGACACAUGCAACAACACUUGUACCACAAUAAGAUAUUUGCUAUACAUUUUAUUUAAUAUAUAUUUUACAUUAUAGGAAAAAAAAAUGAAACCUCAUCAUGUACCAAAGUCACUUUACCUUAUGGAUUUUAACAUCUGCCAAUAUAAGAUUUGCAUUGAUUUCAUGAACCUGUAUCUGUUUUUUUUGUUUGUUUGUUUGUUUUUUUUGUUUGUUUUUUUUGCACAAAGUGUGGAGCAAAUACAAUAACUGUACAGAUGUAGAUAAAUCUGUUGGCACCUAUGGUAAAGCUGAGUAUGAAAAAUUAAAUAAAAUCUUUUAUCACAGCAAAAAUCC